CGAUUGGGCCAUUUUCAUUUCUGCCAUCGUCAGUGCUGCCUCGCUAUCAACCAUACCCCUCAUAUAUAAAAAGAAUAAAAAGAUUCUUUGUAAUUCUCUGUUGCUUAACGCGAAAAGGGGAAUCUUUUCCCUAGACCGAUCAGCGCGAAUAACACCGUUUUGUCUGCCAUUCGGUUGAGACGAGUAAUUCAUAAGAUCGCGACAUUUUUAGUUCCGUUCGCUCAAGUGAAAACGGGAAUCCUUUCGCGAAAAAUCGAUAAUAAUAAAAAAGAACCAACAGGAGGCCAAAUUCGGGAGACGUUAGAAAAUCGAAGCUCUCGGUAGUAAGACACAAUUUUCAAAAUUUUAGGGAAAACUAGACCAAAUUUAUCUAGGCAAUAAAUAAGUGUAGUAUUACAAUUGUUCGUAAAGUUCGUGUAAAAUAUAAGCAAUCGGCAAUAAUUCGAUUCGGGUACACCAGUUAAUGUGAGUGAAAAAAUGAAGUUCCUGGUUCGAGCUGACGACUGAAGGGAAGUAGAAAAAAUUCCGCUUCAGCCCAAAACUUGUAUCAUUACGGUAUAAUCAUACCAAAUUGGAUUAUUUCUGAAACUUUACGGUAAUCGAUCAAGCGAAAAUUGCAUAAAUUUAGGCGUCUAAAGCACAGUACGAAUACGACCAAAACGGCAAAGUCGGUUGCCAGCUGCAAGUUUUUAGCAUCAACCGUCACGCCACAGACAAAUCCAAUGAAACCAAGUUUUAAAAACGGAAAAUUUGCAACAUCAAUCUAUGAAAAAUGUCUUUGCCAAAAGAGUGGAAUCUCCAGGCAUCGCAGGUCCGUCUCGAUAAACCUGACCGACCUGAAAGUCUCGUAUCUGAGGAUAUUGAGAUACAGCAAAGGUAUGAGAACAAGUUCCUCCAUGCUGUGUACCACCCGUCAAUACCUGACCACUGCCGGGCACCGCUUAACGCAGCUCUGCUGGCCGAGUGCGACAACAGCGGUUCCUUGUUCUCAAUCCAGUCAGCACCGGUUGUGCCGACCAGUAACAGCUCCGGAAUUCCCGAUCCAAUGCUGGCCAUUGAUCCGAUGGGAAUGGAUGCCAUUCGGGAAAGGCAGCGAGAUUCUUACUCAGGAACGUGCACCGAUCUUGGACCACUCGUGCUCCCUGGAUAUGGUGCCAGCUCCAAGGAGAACCCAAAUGAUACCCUACUUCGCCCCGCUUCUCUUGCGUUUGACACGUGUUUUCAUGCAAAUAAAUCCCAGCACGUUGAAGCGCAACUUUCAGCAGAAUUGGACGAAGACGACAAUGAAAAUCUAUUGACUGUCUCAAGUCUAACCGCCAGGCCAUUGAUUGCAAAGUCUCGGGAGAUUAGAAGCAAAAAAGAAAAGCUUCAAUUGAGACGUCGAAAAGAAGUAUGCACCGACACGAGCAGCGAGGACGAUGGAUAUGGCCCACCGGAUGGGGGCUACGGAUGGAUCAUCGUGUUCGGCGCCUUCUCGGUGCAGUUCUGGGUUGCUGGAUUGGUUAAAUCGUACGGAGUGUUGUACGUCGAAAUCAUGGAAAGCUUUCCAAACUCGUCGGCUACUACGGCUUCAUGGAUUCCGGCCAUCUUAUCCGCUUUGUGCUUAGCUUUAGCUCCAGUGUCUAGUGCUCUGUGUCAACGCUUCUCAUGUCGCAUAGUUGUCAUUCUCGGUGGAAUAUUUUGUGGGCUCGGACUCACGUUGAGCUAUUUCGCUACCAGCUUGUAUCAUUUACUGUUUACCUUUGGAAUACUCACUGGGAUCGGAGGUGGAUUGUCCACCACUCCCGGAAUUGUCAUAGUGUCGCAGUAUUUUGAGAAACGCCGAGCUUUGGCCAACGGAAUCACUAUAUCCGGAACCGCCGCUGGAAGUUUCAUAUUUCCCACUAUGAUUGAACGACUAAUCUAUUCCUUUGGUUUUCAUGGAACUCUGCUGAUUUUAGGAGGCUGUAUGCUACACGUUUGUGUAUCCGGAGCUUUGUACCGUCCGGUAGACGAGUAUGCGCAAAAGAAACCUACUCAAUCUAAAGAAAGUGUUCCAUUUUCCUCGAGAUUUGACUUUAAAGAAAAUCUCGGACAUCUCAGCUCAUCAGAAGAUCAUCUCAGUCGACGCUGUCUAGAAGAUCUGUUUCUUGAUGACGCCAUUCGGGAUAAAAAUCGCAACAGUCUUAAUAUCGACAGCAAGUUCGUGAAUGUUACGGAAAAAACGCUACAAGAAAGUGAGGACGAACUGAAAGAUAUCAUCUCGAAUCCUAUUUUUCUGAAGCCCAUAGCUUCGAUUAGAAGCUGCAGCAUACUACACUCGGUUGAAGACCUUAGCACUGACUCUACCUGCGUGUACAAGAAUCGAGCAAGCGGAUACGAUUCGCAUCGCAACAGCAAACGCAUCAAGCAACCGACUCUACCACCUAAGACGGAACAACAGCAACCACCGCAACUCCAAGGAUUACUGGAUCUAGGCAGCGAUCCUGCGGAUAAACCUCCAUUAGAGUUGGACAAUCCCACCGUCAUCAUCAACAACAAUAAUUCUUCAUCGCUAUCGCAGAACAACAAUCGGGGUUUGAGCAAAAGCAUGGUCAUACCGACUCCGGUUGGGGAUUUGUCCAACAUCUUUGAUGACGAAUAUACCGAAUACACCCGGGGACUGGCCGAAAAAAUAAGUCAGUACCUGGACAUAUCAUUACUUCAGGACAUCGCGUUCAUCCUAAUGUGCCUAUCGGUGACACUGAUGUCGGUUGGGUGUCCAUACAUGCUGUACUACCUACCAGCCUACGUUAUUUCUGCAGGUUACACAAAAUCUGAGGCGGGAUAUUUGGUAGCAGUGAGCGCAGCACUAGAUUUGAUUGGUAGAUUGACUCUUGGGUGGCUUUCUGACUUGGAUUUGUUUGAUCGAAAAAAGGCUUACAUCGUUUGCAUCUUAGGAGCCGGUACGGCCGUUCUAACGAUUGCUUCAACAAAAACAUGGAUCGUGAUAGUGUGUAGUGCCGGAAGUUAUGGGCUGUGUCUUGGCAGUUGGUACCUGCUAAUGCCGGUGCUGCUGGCCGACCUGUUCGGAACCGACCGAAUCAGCUCCAGCUAUGGACUGGUGCGGAUGUUUCAAAGUGUUGGUGCUAUAUCGGUGCCACCAUUAGCAGGUUUAAUUUUCGAUUCCUAUCGGACUCUUCGAAGCCGAUUCGAUCGAACCUUCCCUUUUCAGCACACGAACAUAUUUGUAUCUAUUUUCUCUUUUUCUUUCUCUUUCCGUUCAACUUCGGCAAUAAAACCGCCCGUUUCGCCUCGUCCGCUCGUCUUCCGCCUCGUCACUUGUGCGCUGUCGUUGUGAUUCUUCCCCCAACCAACCAAACUCGCUCAAAUCUUCAUCAAAAUAACAAAAACCUUACCACCCUACAUUUGUUCAACAUGAAAUCCUUCCAACCAAAAAUCAAGGUCUUCUACGGGACUUAUCCGGUGGCUACGAGAUCUGUUUCUACUGCAUGGGAGUGUGCAUGGUAUUCGGGAGCGUGCCGCUACUUGUGGUCAUUGUCAAGGAUGUGCUGGCACUUAGCGACAAAAAGCUGACCAUGGAUCGA